AUGACCAGGCUCCGCGGAGCUUCUCUCGACAAUCCAGACAUCGCCCAGCCUAGUGGUGGGCGACCUCAAUAUUGUCGGUCAAAGAUCCCUCCAAAUGCUCCUGAGGUUGUGAUACAGAACACCACCGAUGUGUCAGAUCCUUUGCGGAUCCUGCCGUGGUAUCGGGAUGAGCGACGGAGGCGAUACAAUGUACUGGUGCGCAGAUACAAGAACCAGUUACUUCACGGAUGUGACGAUCCAGGCUGCCAUACACCUACUUGCGCCAGUCGUCGCCGCAGAGUUAGCGAAGGCCCAUAUCGCCGGUACACGGAACUAAGCGCGCGAACCCUGGCCUGCUAUCUCGCCAGCUUGGACGACGCGGAGAGUGGUCUUUGUUGCAAUAACCCGAGAUACUCUUCCGAGUUGUCGAUUCAUGACUACCACCGCAUCUCCUUACAACGAUCUCGUGCACUUCGAGCGCAGGCCGCCGUCACGACCUCGCAUCCGACUUAUACAGCCGACGACGAUCGGAUCGAACCAGCCAACGAGUCUACCCAGAGGCUCCCGCCGAGACCCCGAGGUAGUUAUACAUCGGCAACCGAGGAUGCCAUAGGCUCAACAUCCUCUGCCAAUAUCCAUCCCAACACCUAUGAUUUCCAAGAUCUUGACUACGCUGCCGAACAACCCCUCAAAGAUCCCAAAUCCUUUACGCAGAACCUUUUCGACACAUUAUCAUUGCGUAUGGUUGAAUGGCUCCCUUUGAGGAGAACACCGGAUGCUUUACCUUUGAAAACACAACCAGAUCUCCCGCUCAGCGGUAAUGAGCCACCAAAUUCAGAGAAACAGCAGCAUGAGCAAGAAAUGGAGACCAGUAAACCUCCAAAGAUACAGGCUACACAUCAUACACCGUCACACACACAGCCACCUCCACCUCGAACCCCCUCCUCUCGAUCAUCAGGAGCUCAACCAUCGGCGGUUGAGCUGAAAUUUCAAAACCAGCAUGUCAAACGACUAUCUAUCACCGAAGUUGAUCAUUGGCGACAAUCCCCACGAUCUAGCCUAGAUGAAAAGAAGAAGCCUGAAUACAAGAACCGCAAAGUCUCCGUGAAUUCUCACCUUACCUCGAACGAAUUUCCAAGCAUCCCCUCUCCGCCGGCUUUGAAGCACCGCCCUCACAAACAUCGCGGAAGAGCAGGAGAUUCAGACACCAUGCGUCCGAAAGACCGAUCCAAAACCCAGCGUCGGGUUUCAUGGGACAGCGAAAAGAUAUUCAAUCAGACUUCUGUCGAAGCAAGCACAGAUAAUCUCCAACUUCAGGCACUUCACUCUGAAUUUGAUAUUGACACACCCACAAAUCGGAAGCCCAAGUCAAGCUCUAUGCGUCGCACGCCUGAUGUCAGGCCACUUGCUCAGACUGUGACUCAUUUAGAUGCGGAUAUUAUCGAUGGUCUUGGUCAGAUCAUGAUUGAAUCUGAGGAGGAUGCCGAGAUCUGGAGAGAAGAGCUCGAUCGUAUACAGUCCAUGGGAAGCUUUGACAAUCCCGACUGGCAAUAUGCAACAACUCGUCAGCGUCAGGCUUUCCCAUUUAUUGCGCAGAGUGUCUUUUUUGUGUUCAGCAGCGCGAGGCAGAUUCUCCAAUCAUUUGGGAAGGAUGCUCUGCAGCUAGAGACCUCACAUCACAAGGUGGUGGCCAGCCGACUAGAUAUCCCAAGACUUCGAGAAUCUUUGCAACGUCUCUUCAGCAUUUGCCCCUGGGACAUUGUUCUGCACAGCCUAUGGACCACUUUAGACAAGCUUUUCGUACCUCCGGAUGAUUUCACAUCAUCUGCCCGGCAUUCCCGCCGUUCAUCCCGAAGUUCCACCAUGGCUAGCUCCGCUUCCCCAGUCGUGCGACGUCUGUCUGAGUCGACCACUGAAGAUCAUUUGUCAGACGCGGACGCGGCUUACAUCGCCACUGUGGCUUUCUUUGUCUUGGUUGGCUCUGUUCCUGACCUUGACGCUCCCACUUGGCGUGGUAUUCUCCGAAUGCGUGCUGCAGGCACUGUCGCCUCAUCUGCUGAUAUGAGCAGGUUGGCGCCCGAACAUGCCCAGCAGGCUGUAGAGGCUACAGACAGGCUUGAACAUGAGCUGGCUCUCCGUCUGAUCAAUCGGCUGGUUCGAGGGUUGACUGCUAGACUUGCAUAUCAUGAAAUAUCCAAGGCACGUCAAGUAUAUAGCCUUGAUCUACCGAAGCAACGUCGAGUCAGUGUGCUUGACCGCAUCAUGGAUCAUCUGAGCGAGCAUCAACUGUCUAAGGACACCGCGGACAACAACGAAUCCUGUCAGUCGGCUGGCCCCACUGCUCUUAUUGUUGAGUGGCUCCGAACUCUCUUCUUACGCGAGUGGGAUGGGAAUCCUGAGAUGGCUCGUAGCAGCGCAGCCGGUGGCGCUAUACAAAUAAUUGCUUUGAUGUACAAGGAACGCACCAGGUUAGGACUCCUGGCAGAGGACUUCCAAACACCAAUCCUUGCGGAGCGGCUAGAUCCUCUGGAAAUGCCCGUAGCAUGGGUUGAGAACCUAUCCAAUAAUCGUACGAUGCAUCUUCUAUCGUAUCCAUUCCUGUUCCCGCCUUCCUUCCUCGUCAUCUAUUUCCGUGCUUUGAACUACUCCGCAAUGUCCAAGUACUAUGAAACCGCCAUGACGACGACCAGACAUGUUACACAAACUGCUUUUGGCAGCAUAUCGAUUCUCGAUGAUGCUGCGUUGUUGACUCGCAUGAAGAAAUCUAUGUCAACCUAUUUUGUUCUUGUUGUUCGUCGAGACAAUAUCUUAACCGAUGCUCUGAACCAGCUAUGGCGCCGAGAAAAGCGAGAACUAAUGCGCCCGCUUAAGGUUCAAAUGGGCAUGGAUGAAGGAGAAGAAGGGUUGGACCAUGGCGGUGUGCAGCAAGAAUUUUUCCGUGUACUCAUGAUGGAGGCACUGGACACUUCUUAUGGCAUGUUCACUAUGGAUUCUCGGCACCGUAUUUCUUGGUUCCGCCCUUGUUCUUUGGAGCCACUUUACAAAUUUGAGCUUCUUGGCCUUCUGCUGUCUAUUGCGGUGUACAAUGGUCUCACACUACCAAUCAAUUUCCCAAUCGCAUUCUAUCGCAAGUUGCUGGGGCUCAAGGUCAAGCAUCUGGACCACAUUCGAGAUGGGUGGCCUGAACUCAGCCAAGGCCUUGAGAUGCUUCUCUCCUGGAACGAUGGGGAUGUGAGCGAUAUCUUCACGCGCACCUACGAAUUCAGUUUUGAGUCUUUCGGCGGCGUGGAGAACGUCGACAUGUCGAAGGUUGGCCGCGACGCAGCAUGGCCCCUUCCAUCUAGACUUCCCAUUGCGAGUCCUCUAGGGGUUGCAUCAGCCUGGUCUGACGUUCCAAACUACUGUGACCCGGCAACUGUGAGCCCUCCGUCUUCCAUGGCAGCUGAAGCGGCGGACAUGACGCCAAGCGCGUCAGUCUCAGGCGAGCCUACAAAGUCGAUGGUGGACUCUUUGACGCUUCAAUCGCCUACGCCUCCCGGCGAGGAAGCCCCUCUUGUGACCAACCAGAACCGGCAUCAAUUCGUCAAAGACUACAUCUUCUGGCUCACUGACAAGUCUAUCCGCUCACAAUUCGAAGCUUUUCUCCGAGGCUUCCAUACCUGUCUUGAUCGAUCUGCCCUUUCGAUUUUCACUCCUGAAGCUCUGAAAGCCGUCGUGGAGGGCACGCAGGAGAUUGACCUGAAAGAGCUUGAAAAUCAUGCUCGGUAUGAAGGUGGCUUCGGACCAGACCAUCGUGUAAUUCGCGACUUCUGGAGUGUGGUUCAAAAGUACGCUCCCGAGAAGAAGGCCCAGCUCCUGGAAUUCGUCACUGCCAGUGACCGUGUUCCCGUCAACGGAGUAUCAAGCAUUAUGUUUGUGAUCCAGAAAAAUGGAGUGGGAGAUUUGCGUCUUCCCACUAGCCUGACCUGUUUUGGUCGUCUACUACUGCCAGAAUACUCGUCCAAGGAGGCACUGGCGGAGAAACUUGACAAAGCGCUUCAAAAUGCUCGAGGGUUUGGCGUUGCAUAA